CCGAUAAAGAGGGAAAUCUGAACGCCAAAAAUCUAUGGAAACCCGCGAUGUGCUGCUGCAAUCCCGCUGCUCCGCGACCCCCCCUUUUCCGCUUCGCCGCUGCCCCCUUUCCGCUUCGCCGCUGCCCCCUUUCCGCUUCGCCGCUGCACCCCCCCGCUGUUGCAAGGGCGACGGGCGACAGCCCGUCCAGCUUCGACGAGCAGAUGCGGGGCGACGGGCUCAGCCCGAUCAGGUGCGACGAGCAGAUGCAGGGCGACGGGCUCAGCCCGAUCAGGCUCCAACGGAGCGAGAGGAUCAAGAGCCGCUUAGGCGGAAACGAGCUCUGAUACCAUAUCAGAAACUGAGA